UUCUCCAAUCUGUUUAUAUGUAAGUGUUGUACGCUAAUUUAUUUAGACUGAAAAUUGAAAAACUUGCACGCGGUCUGUAUGUUUUUGUAUUUAUUACAAUUACUCUGUUUUGGUGCUUGUUUUGGUGCUUAGUUUAUCACAGCACAAUCAUUUUUAUGUGAUUUACGUGUAUUUAUUUAUUUAUUUAUAGACACAGUGAGAACCGUAAUUAUUUUUCUAUAGACUUUUUUGGGUCUUAUGCACUGAACGGCCCAAAAUCAGAAUUUCUACAUCUUUCUUCAACUCAUAUGCGGGUAAGGCUGACUCUGAUAGGCUAAUCAGACACUCAGAUUCAAACGCAAAAUGAAUGAGUGUCAAAUUUGUUUGAACUCUUUGGAAGACCGUGAACCUCUAAUGUGUGGACACGAAUUCUGCCGGGACUGUAUUUCACACAUUCUCAAAAAACCUGCACCUAUAUGCAGGGUGUGCAGAUCAGCAAUACCGAGGAAUAUGGAUAGAGAUCCUCUGAGAAGAGAACACGUUCCAACUAACAAUACAUCAUCGUCAAGAUCAAUCCAGCUAGUUUUGCACUCAGCAAACAAGCGCACUUUCUGGUAUCGCCCAGCUUUCGACUCGAAAGGAGUGGGUUUCAUCAUGCAUGAACAAGGAGACGUGGCCGACCCUGGGAGACUGGAGCAAACCAUUUCGCAGGUGGAACUGACCAAUGGAUCUUUGCGACUCCUCAAACGUCUUGUGUGGCAAAAACAACGAAACUACGAUGGAUCUCGUUUAAUGGGAGUAGUUGUGAGUAACGACUAUCUGUACGGAACAAUACGGUACGCAAACGACACGUACGGAGUCGAAAUAAUCGAGAAACUUUCUCUUGGCACGAUCCAGAAGUUGGACCUAGAAAACAUCAAGUUCGAUUUGUCCAAGCAAGGAAGAGCCGAUGUAACAAAUCUGGGCACGGGCAACUGGUUGCUAAUUUUCCCAAAAGCAUCGGCAACCAAGCGAUCGGUGAUUAUAUGCCAGGACAACAAAAUUGUUGAGAGGAGAGAAAUCGUGAAAAAGGAUAGGUUCAGAACGUCUAUUACCAGAACUACGGGCGACUACAUUCUCAUGGCUGAGAGAAAAGGCAACACCCUAAUUGUCAUUCGCUGGAAAAAUGGAAAUACGGUGCUAAACAUAUUCAGGCAAACCGAACUGCACGCAGAGAAAAGCGGAAUCGUUUCGUUCACAACGGCUGAAUUGGAUUCAGUUAAUUUCAUUGCAACUCUCACAAAUGAAAACAUGAGAGCUAUCAGCCUCUACGAGAUCGACUAUGCUCGAGUCAUGGAAGAAGGCAACAAAGCACUUCAGUUCAGGAGAAGAGUUAUUAUGGAUGAAAACAUUGUUUGUCUUUUUCCGUCGAUAAAUCUGGGCAACAUAUUGGCAAUUAAUGGAUCUCAGGUGCUGUGCUCAGUGUCGAUUGCCCCAGAAACAUUGAAAAGGAAUUCAA